AAACAUAUUUCGCUCAUGUUAAAGCAACUCUCUUUGCUUCUUCUCUCUCCAUACAUAAUUAUUGUCCGAACCAUCAUGAUGAACCCCAAGUAAAAUCCUGUUUCGACUGGCGAUCCGAUCAAAGGAAAGAAAGAAAAGCUAAUCGGUAGUUUCGCGCUAGGUUUCGGUUCCGAUGGCGAAUCGUCCGUCUGUGAUCAAUUCACUGGAGCAUCCAACAGGAAGCGAUAGUGGCAACCUCAUGCAGAAGUUGAAUCAGCUCAGGAAGGAAAUUCAAGCCGAAAGGAUGGUUUCAGUGAGAGAGAAAGUUGAAAAGAACAGAAAGAAGCUAGAAAUGGAUUUUCCUAAACUUGAGUCAGCAACAUCAUCACAUACAGGGCAGCCAGAAGGUGAUAAGAUGAUCUCAAGAAGAAUUGGGGAGCCAAUGUGGGAAUACAGUGGAUUUGCUCAAGGAUCAGGGGAUAGGGAUAAUUGUAAAUGUCAGGAGGUUCUCCAUGGUAGAAGCACGAAGCUUCCGUAUGUUGAGAAGAUACCUCCGUAUACUACUUGGAUAUUUCUAGACAGGUUCGUUGGUCUCGGCCUGCAAGCAGAUUUUCUUCCUGCAUCACAUGAUUCCACAAAUUGUUUGAUUCAUGUUUCUAGGAAUCAGAAAAUGACUGAAGACCAGUCAGUGGUUGGGAGAAGGCGAAUAUACUAUGAGCAAGAUGGCGGCGAGGCACUAGUCUGCAGCGACAGUGAGGAAGAGAUCGUGGAACCCGAGGAAGACAAACGUUGCUUCUCAGAGGCUGAAGAUCGUAUUAUAUGGAGUAUCUUUCAGGAAGAUGGAUUAGCUGACAGUGACAUCGACCUUGUUAGCCAGUUUAUUGGAGCCAGUGCUAUGGAGAUCAGGGAGAGAUGUAGCGUUCUCCAGGAAAGGCAUGCAGACGACCUAAAUGUGACGAAUACUGGGGAUUCGGGACCUGUUAGGGGUUUCUCGUUGGAGAAGACCCUUAGUGCUGCUCUGGAUUCUUUUGAUAACCUCUUCUGUCGCCGUUGCCUGGUAUUUGAUUGCCGCCUGCAUGGCUGCUCUCAAACUUUGAUUAACCCUAGUGAAAGGCACUCAUAUUGGUCCGAGUAUGAAGAUGACAGGAAACCUUGUGGUGAUCAAUGUUGCCUUCGGGAAAGAGUCAAAGACUUCCCUGAGCAUAGCACAGAUAUAGAGGUGAGAGAAAAGAGCCUAGUGGCUUUACAUGCUAGACUUUCGGGCGAUAUUGAUAGUGGUACAGAAGUAGUUGAAAGUCAAAGGUCUAUGUAUGACAAGGGGGUAGUAGUUCCUUCAGAAACUGCUUGUGAUUCAGACCCUGAAUGUCAAACUCGACAUGCAGAUGCAUCUGAUAUAGUAACAGGCAUAGACCACACCAAGAAGCGCAAAGCUUUGCAUCAAACAGGUGCAAGAGCAGCCGGGUCAACACUAGUUCCUUCUGAUGUUCAUGAUUCUUCAUGUAAGAAGCAGAAAGGAUUAGUUGCUGCAGACAUAGUUUCUGAAAGUGAAGCAGGUGUUCCCAGCCUUGGUCAUGACUCUAGCACCAAAAGUGCAACUGAUAGGACUGCUGAUAAUCCAGACUGUGGAUCUGCUGAAUGUACAUCAAUAGACAUCGUUCACAUUGAUCGCGAGAAAGAUGAUGAAGCUGUGCGCCUGGAAGUCACAGAUGUUCUUGGGAGGAAUCAGCCGUUCUCGCCAGUAAACUGCACCGGUGCUGAGAUAGAUGCUGCUGGAGUUAAGCACCAUCAAGUUAAUGAUGCCCCGGAAAGUAGUCAGUCUGUGUCAAAGAGUUCUGAGUGGAGAGCCCUCGAGAAAGAACUAUAUUUGAAAGGAGUUGAGAUAUUUGGAAAAAACAGUUGCCUUAUUGCAAGAAACAUGCUCUCUGGUUUGAAGACUUGCAUAGAGGUCUCCAAGUACAUGUGCGGUAGUGGAACUAUGGUGCCUAGGAGAUCUCUCACACCAAGUUCAUUUUCAGAAGACAAUGGGAUGACUGAUGCAGAUCAUAUGGUAUGUUUAUCGAGAUGCCAGCACGACCUCGCCUUUUGCGUCGCAGGGGCAGGACACGAAAGUUCAAAUAUUCUUGGAAGUCUGCUGGUCAUCCAUCAAUGUGGAAACGAAUGGCUGAUGGGAAAAACCAGUCAUGCAAGCAGUAUACACCAUGUGGGUGUCAGUCAAUGUGUGGGAAACUAUGUCCAUGUUUGGAAAAUGGAACUUGUUGUGAGAAAUACUGCGGGUGCUCAAAGAGUUGCAAAAAUAGGUUCAGAGGAUGUCAUUGUGCAAAGAGUCAGUGUAGGAGUCGCCAAUGCCCGUGCUUUGCAGCAGGGCGUGAAUGUGACCCUGAUGUCUGCCGCAAUUGCUGGUUGUGGAGAUGGUUCAUUGGGAGAGCCACUGAAACGUGGAGAUGGUCAGUGUGGAAACAUGAGGCUGCUUCUACACCAACAACAGAGGAUCAUGUUGGCAAAAUCGGACGUUGCUGGAUGGGGAGCCUUUCUAAAGAAUGCUGUCAAUAGAAAUGACUACCUCGGAGAGUACACUGGUGAACUGAUAUCACAUCGAGAAGCAGACAAGCGUGGGAAAAUCUAUGAUCGUGCCAACUCGUCGUUCCUUUUUGACUUGAAUGAUCAGUUUGUCCUAGAUGCAUACCGCAAAGGCGACAAGCUGAAGUUUGCAAACCACUCAUCAAAUCCCAAUUGCUAUGCUAAGGUAAUGCUGGUGGCUGGAGAUCACCGAGUCGGCAUCUUUGCCAAAGAGCACAUUGAUGCGCGCGAGGAGCUGUUCUACGAUUAUCGCUACGGACCUGAUCAGGCGCCGGCUUGGGCUCGUAAACCAGAACGUGAUUAUCCAAAUCCAGCUGGGAUCCAGGGUGGCAGAGCAAAGAAGCACCAUUCUAGUAGUUGAUUUCAUCAUCGCAUUAUAUGCUGCCCAUGCUAAAUGCCAUCCAUUCUAGCAGGCGAAGCCAUGAAAUAAAGAGAGACGCAUGAAUAAAUAAAUGUCCAUAUAAGCCACCAGCCAUUGCCAUCAGCUUCUCGCUGCAUUGCGUACGAAUCGCAUCAGUCGAAGACCCAUUACUUACUGAUACAUACUUCGAUGGGAAAUUAUGAUUUGGUAUUGGAUUGUAAGGUAUGCUACAACUCAGUUCCCCAGGAAGACACCAAUGGCCACAAUCAUGAACCUUUGAACUAUGCCGAUUCUCGUGUCUGUUCCCAUACAAGGAAGGAUGGCCAUUGGAGUUUUCAGGUUCUUAAUGAUCUAUUCCAUGACCCAGGUCUUCUCGGUAUCGCUGAUGUCUGAUGCCCACAGCCUUCUUAUAAGGCAGUUUGGCUUCCAAGCAAUGCCCUCCUGAAUCCCACUGCCCUUCCCUGUUUGGCUGUUCUACUUCAGCUGAAAUCAGCCCAUAUCCAUUUACAGGUGAUUGGCAACAUGGAAGAGAUUGGAUAAGGGGGCAACAGUGUUGUUAGGGUAUAGUCUUUCAUCAAUACGUUUUUUUAGCAAUGGAAUCGCAUAUAUUGCACUGAUGAAAAAUCGGCUACAACAAGGGAUACAGACAUGAGAUUUGGAAUCAAGAGAGAC